GUCUUUGUUGCCAGUUUAAAGAAACCGGACACUGCAGAAGUGACCUCGGGCAGCAGGCUCGUUCCUGGAAGAGGAACGCCCACUUGGGGCUGGAUGCCAAGCAUUCAUGUUCCGUGUCCAGCCCCAGUGAAAUCAGUCCUUGCCCACAGGAGAGAGGCCAUGGCGGCCGUGUUUCUGCCCGGCAAUCUCCAGGAUGAAGCCACUUGCUCCGUCUGCCUGGAGUUCUUCAAAGACCCAGUGUCCAUUGAGUGCGGGCACAACUUCUGCCGGGCGUGCAUCAUCAAGAGUUGGAAGGACCUAGAGAUGGACUUCCCCUGCCCGCAGUGCCGAGAGGUCUUCCAGCAGAAGAGCUUCAGACCCAACCGGCAGCUGGCAAACAUGUCCGAGAUCAUCAGCCAGUUCACCCUCCGUGGGGCCAAGGGUGCCGAGGAGGACGGGCUCUGCGCAAAACACAGGGAAGCCCUGAAGCUCUACUGCAAGGACGACCGGAGAACCAUCUGCGUGGUGUGUGACAGGUCCCGGGAGCACCGGCCGCACGCCGUGGUACCCGUCGAUGAGGCAUCUGAGGAGUACAAGGAGAAAAUCCAGGGACGCUUGGAUUUCCUGAAGAAGGAGCGGCAAGAGCUCCUGGAGUUUAAAGUGAAUGAUGACAAGAAAACCCAGGAGCUCUUGAAAACCGUCGAGAACGAGCGGCAGAAGUUGCUCUUGGAGUUCGAGAGGCUGCGGCAGUUCCUGUAUGACCAGGAGCACAUUCUCCUGGGGCAGCUGGAGAAGAUGGAGAAGAACAUUGCCAAGAGGCAGAAUGAGAACAUCACCGACCUCUCCAAGGAGAUCACGCUCCUCAACAAGCUCAUCACGGAGCUAGAGGAGAAAAUCCAGCAGCCCAUGCUUGAGUUCCUCAAGGAUGUAAUGAACAUCAUAAGCAGAAGUGACGAUGUCAAGUGCCAGAAGCCGGUGCCCGUAUGCACGGAUAUGAAAAUGCACAUCUGCAACUUCUCCCUCAAGACUGUUGUUCUUGAGAAAGUCUUAAAGAAAUUCAGAGAAAACCUGCAAGACGAGCUGGGAAGAGGUGAAAAAGAGGACCUGACCCUGGAUCCCGAUUCGGCAAACCACCUCCUCAUCCUCUCUGCAGACCUCAAGAGCGUGAGGAUGGGCUGUAGGAAGCAGGAGCUGCCUGACAACCCCAAGAGAUUCGACACGAACUCGCGGGUGCUGGCUACCACGGGCUUCAAGUCGGGAAGACAUUACUGGGAAGUGGAGGUGGGGGCCUCGGACGGUUGGGCCUUUGGGGUAGCCAAGGAGUCCGUCAGGAGGAAAGGUCUGACGCAGUUUUCCCCCGAAGAAGGGAUCUGGGCAGUGCAGCAAAACGGAGGUCGCUAUUGGGCGGUCACCUCGCCCCAACGCACCCCACUGUGCCUCAGCCAGAAACUCAAUAAGGUCAGGGUGUACCUGGAUUACGAAGGGGAAGAAGUCUCCUUUUACAAUGCCGACAACAUGCAGCACAUCUUCACCUUCAACGUUGCUUUCCAGGAGAAGGUGUUCCCUCUCUUUUCGGUCUGUUCCACCGUUACCUACAUCAAACUGUGCCCCUGAGCCUUCGCAUGGGCUUGGCUGAGGACCUGUUGCCGUGGUCUUCACUGGAUGGUGCAUGGACAGCAGCGAUGAGCACAAGAGACUCUCAAACCAACCAUGCCGCUUGGCUCAUUGGGACACAGGCAGGCAGAUAGGUGGGUAACCGGGUCGUCAAGGAAAAAUAUCACAAGGAAGGGUCUUCAGAGCAGCUUAAACCAGAGAACCACUACUGAAAUCAUCAGCAAUCCCCUGAAGGUUGUGGUCACCAUCUUAAACCCGUCCCUGAACCAAGUCACCUCUUCCGCGAGAAGGAAACCACUGGCAGUUGGCUCAUGGCUCCAAGUCCAGUAACGGGCGGGUGCUUUUCUUUCUGGGGCUAAGGAUCCAUAUUAGAGCUGGUGGGACAUUUGGGAGUCAAUCCUCUGCCCCUUUGGAAGUCUCAGUGACUUAAAAAUGAAAAGCUUAGCGGGUAAAUGCCCUGUGGGGAGAGGUGGAGAGGGUAACACCAAGCAGGACGCUUUGGACAUUCAUCCAAAGCCGGAAGAGGCAAAUCUAUUUGAUCAAAUGAAAUCAGAUCAGAAUGUUUUGCUUCUCCUGAAGUGAAUUUAACGGGAUUUUCCAUUGGUUUCUUCUGCCGUUGCUCCCAACAAACCAUAGCCACCACCUCCAUGCCAAAAGUGGAAAUCCUGCCCAGGUGCCUUCACUCCUACAAGGUUGAGGAUGAGGCAAUGAGGCUUAUUAAGUGCUCCUGGGAAGCGGCUGGAUUUCAGCAAGUCAGGAUGCUCUGUGAGGAUGCUCACGCCCUUGUGCUGGGCUGUGUGAGCGGUUAUAAGAGUCUCAGGUGGCAUUUCUGGCUUUUCCCCUGUUGCUCCUGCUGGGAAGAAAGGUCCCCAAGGAAGGGUGGGUGCCUGGUUACUUAUUCCAGCUGGUGCUCCUAAAAUCUGGGAUAAUAAUUGCUCUCUGAAGGCUUUUCUUGUGAUGCUGAGAUGAUGGUCCCAAGUGGCCACCAAGAUCUGACCUGUCUUGGAGUCAAGCUGGGGUUGAAGAGAUUUUGGUUGCCCUCUCCAUCAGGCUGUGCUCUAGGCUUCAGUUCUCUGCCCAUGGCUCCUCUGGGCACGAGGGAGGGGUCGCUGCUACUCUGGAGAAGGCUGAAAGGUGCUUUUUAUAUUUGGGAAGCAACAAAUGUUAACAUUGCUCAGGUGUCUUUGUCCUCCUGGGUGCAAGUGAGACCCGCGCUUCUGAAUUUUGGUGCUCCUGAGGUCCCCUCCCCCUAGGAGAUGUUUUCAAAAUGACCCCUCGAGGUUGUCCUGCUUGGCCUGUAGUUUUUGUCAUCAAGAACAACAUUUUCUGACCAGCUCUACACUGAUAAAAAGACAUUUCUGGGCAUAGCUGGUUUUUGUGUGAGCUCGCACCUACCGGCAAACCCCUGGUUAACUCCAGCGCCAAGAAACUGUGGGUUGAACAAGUGUAUAUUUCCUAAUUUUGGAGGGUGCUUUAAACACCUUCUCUGCACUAAAUCCAUGUCACGGCAGUAGAAUAAAAUCAAACCGCUGUUGUCGUCCGCUGGGACACUCAGACACUGUCCAUGUGUUUGGUUGCCCUAAACACCUUCAGUUGCUUCCACUGGCUUGUGGCCUUGGUUGUUGUGGAUGACAAGGUGGCCAUGAGCCAGCAGGGUGCCCUGGUGGCCAAGAAGGCCAACGGCAUCCUGGGUGCA